ACUGUAAACAAGUAACCUGGGUGUUUUUGAAGCAUUCAGACUACGGAUGUUGAUAAAUCUGUUGGUUUUGGGGGCUCUAGUCAGCUCCACUGCCAUUUAUUCGCAAACAACAAUAAGAUGGUGUUCAGUAUCCCUAGAAGAGCAUAUGAAGUGUAACCGUCUUGGUUCAGUGGUUCAAGCUAUUCCUUCACUAUUGAACAAGUACAAUUUGACUUGUGUACUGGGUUCCGAUGAAUUUAAUUGUAUGAAGUUAAUCAGUGAACGAUCAGCUGAUUUAAUGAAUCUUGAUGCUGGUCUUGCAUAUUAUGGCAGUUCAUUGUAUAGUCUACGACCUAUAGCCGUAGAGAAUUAUGCAGUCAGUAAUGCAGCGAAUGCAAGAAAUUUAUACUAUUAUGCAGUCAUGGUUAAACCAAUCGGUGUGAAAAUAGAUCCUACAAACUUGAGGGGCAGAGAAAUCUGCUCAGCUGGUGCUGGUACUGCAGAAGGAUGGGUUAUGCCUGUAGGCAUGUUGAUCUCAGACUUGCAGGCUAUCCCAGUUACACAGUGUAAUAGUGUUGUGCAGAAUUUAAUCCGUUAUCUUGGCGACUCAUGUAUACCAAAUUCAUUAUCAGAAAUUUUUAACCCAUUUGGAGAUAAUACUCAAGAAGUAUGUCGAUUGUGUUACAAUUCAGGAUUGUCUGACUGGUGUGCGUCAUUAGAUCGAUAUGCGGGAAAUCAAGGUGCGUUAAGAUGCUUGAGAGAAUAUACUGAAAACUACGAAUCGAUAUACAAACCAGUUGUUGCUUUUGUACGAGACCAAGAAAUAGAUUUAGCGUCUCGUGAUGGAUUCCCAAUCGAAAACUAUGAACUAUUAUGUCCAACAAAAAUGCCGAAUGGAAGUUGGACUGCCAGUAUUUCUUCAUCAACCAUUUGUAAUUGGGGGAAAAUUCCAUCACGUAUAAUUAUGACCAGUUUAAUUCAGCCCGAUGUAAAUAUAUACACAGAAUUUCUUGAUUUAUUAGUCCAAAAUUUUGGCCCAGAUGGAAGUAGUAUUUCAAUGUUCAAUUUAUUCUCCUCUGUUGGUUAUUCAAUGCCAAAUGGAGUCAAUGUUACACAUCAUUUAAUGUUUUCAGAUUUUACAAAAAAUAUCUAUAUUCCACCUAUAACUGAAACAGAAACGUAUUAUAGAUGGAUUGAUCCAUCUUUCAAAAAUGCUUUGAAAAAAUUAGAACUAUGUCCAUUGCCUACACUUGGUUGGUGUGUAAUUGAUGAAUUUGAAAUGUCUAAAUGUCAACGUAUGUCAAGUGCAUUCUCUGCAAAACGUAUUCAACCUGAUAUGUAUUGUCUACAGGCUAAUUCUACUAUCGAUUGUAUGAGAUUAAUUAAAGAUGGUUAUGCUGAUAUGGUUACAUUAGAGGCUGGAGAUUUGUAUAUUGCUGGAAAAUAUUUUGACUUAGUUCCAAUUGUUGCCGAGAAUUAUGGUGAUGGACCACUUUAUUAUGCAGUUGCUAUAGUUGAGAAAGUGAAUCCUGGUUUGUUAAUCUCCAACUGGCGUCAUCGUCGUACCUGUCACAGUGGUGUGGGUAAAGCAGCUGGAUGGAUUAUUCCAUUGAAUACUGUACUGGAUACAAGACAAGUGAUUGUACUAGAUGGACACUUAGUGCAUGCAUUCGGUGAAUUAAUCAGUCGAGCUUGUGUUCCGGGUAUACUGAAUAAAGCUUAUGAUCAUAUUGGAACAAACCCUUUAAAUUUGUGUGAAUUAUGCACAGGUGGGAAUGCUGAUCGAUGUCAUCGAGACAACUUGGAAUUGUAUUAUGGAGAUGCCGGUGCUUUCAGAUGCUUAACAGAAGGAGGAGAUAUAGCAUUUGCUCGUCAUACAACAGUUCAUACAAACACAGGUGGAAGGUGAGCUACACAAGAUUCAAAUCUUUUUUGUGAGGUUUCUGGCUAGAAAGAAAAUGUUAGUUGGAUGGAGACAGUCGGUAGGAAGGCCUGGACCUAGGUUUCAUGCUUGCUCACACUAGUUAGCAAGGUGUAUCUACAACCCCGACAGAACUGAUAUCUCGCCUGAAAUCUAAACUCCCGUCACCAAGUAUUGCAGUCAGCGACGUUACCACUGAGCUAUUUGGGGCGCUGCUAACUUCCUGUAGGGCUAGAUUAGAUAUAUUGAUUGGUCGCUGGCGGGUAAUCAACUUCAGUCAGGUCCCGCAACGAGCACUCUACUGUUAAGCCACAUGGUUAGAGUUAUUUGAUUCACUUUUCUUUCAUCUUCUGUCAAUUUUUGAUAUAAUACAAUUAAUGUCAGUUCUCGAUGAAUAUGAAAGUGUUUUGAUAAACACACUGUCAGUUAAUCUGUAAGCUCAGAAGUCAUCACUAGUCUGUUGGAAUUUAGAGUCAAAGGUACUUUAAAUUGUGUUGAAAUUAUACAACUAUUUCAAGGUUAUCAAUGUUUAUUAUCACCAUAUUCUUUAACCGAUUGCAUAGUUUUGUUUACGGUCGUUUCGUUUAUACUUGUGUCCUAAUCUGAUUUGGUUAAGUAUAGUAAAACAAAAACUUUGGAUUUAGCCCAAUCGUUCAAUGUUUGUCAACACAACAAUGAGUUUUUAUUUGGGAGGCAAGGAAUUAUUGUUGUCAUCCUUAGUAAGGGGCUUAUUUUUGUUCAUUGACUGGAAUUCCAGUGAAAAUUAUCAUUGUAUUAUGUAUGAUGAAAGGUCUUCAUUUUGGUUAAUGGGUGAAUCACGAUUCACUGGAAACUGCGAGCUGAAUUAAAUCCUGUUAAAGUAGGAGUAUACUGAGCUGCAGUCAGCUCUGUCCCAUUACAUGACUGCGAGAAAUGGCUGAAGAGAUAAGAAGUUUGCCAAUACAGAUGUUGUCUUAGCAUUACUCACAUACGAUGGAAUCAACUUUUCAGCAAUACAGAGAUUAGGCGAAGAGUACAAGACAUGAAAGGAAGCUUGGUCGAUGGGAUUGUGAAUCUUCUUUCACUUAGGUGGAUUGGACAUUCGUAGUGCAUGCCGGGUCACCGCCUACACCAGCAUGUAAUGCUAAACGAAGUAGAAUUAGGUUGGAAAAAGGCUCAUGGUAGUCAAACGUGGGAUAAAUCUAUGGAGUUUCUGACUUAUGGUCUGACCCAUGUAUGAAGCCAUAUACUACCUAGUUGAGGUCCUCGAGAUGAUGUGAAUAAAUGGUUGGAAACCUUCGAUGAAAUGACUAAAAACCAGUCACAAUAGCUUAAAUGUAUUCAAUUUUCGACGUUUCCGCUUCUUUUGAUUCUGAAAUUCUUUCUCUUGCUGUACACUCUUCUCUGUUUUGGAAUCAUCAAUUUUUUUUUCGAUUCAUUUAUUGUCUGUAUUUUUUUGUGAAUUGUGGCAAUUUGAACCUAUGAACUUUUAUGCUUGGUUCCACAUUUUGUUAGUCUAAAGACAAGGCUUUGAUAUUCAACAUUGACUAUAUAAAUAUAUGCUGUUUUGUUCUAUGUGAACCCACUGUAUUUAUUUUACUUGAAGACCAUAUCGUGUACAAUAAACUAAUGAAAAUAUACCAUCCAUAUAUUGUUGUUCUC